ACAAAGAAAACAGGACCAAGGGUGACACAGGAAAUGGAAGAGGGAAAGAGGAGGAGGCAGAAGGGACAAGGGAGAGGUUAGAGCUGAAGAGGCCUGCAUGAUACCCUCCCAGUUCCUCCUGCCAUAGGUUCCUCUUUCUGGAAGCUGGUCAGCCACAUAAAGCCUGGCCUCCCCUCUGCCAGGGGUACUAGGGUGCAGUGCUCAACAUGACUGCUCAAGUGCAGGUUCUUCAGCUGCUACCGCUGCUGCUGUUGCUCACCCUGCCAGCCACAGGCUCAGACCCCGUGCUGUGCUUCACACAAUACGAGGAGUCCUCUGGCAGGUGCCAGGGCCUGCUGGGGGGAGGUGUACGUGUGGAGGACUGCUGUCUCAACGCUGCCUAUGCCUUCCAGGAGCAUGGCAGUAGGCUCUGCCAGCCAUGCAGGUCCCCACGAUGGUCACCAUGGUCCUCCUGGGCUCCCUGCUCGGUGACGUGUUCUGAGGGGUCCCAGCUGCGACACCGGCGUUGUGUGGGCAGGGGUGGGCAGUGCCCUGAGAAGGCGGCUCCUGGGACACUUGAGUGGCAGCUACAGACCUGUGAGGACCAGUCAUGCUGUCCUGAGAUGGGUGGCUGGUCUGGGUGGGCACCCUGGGGGCCGUGCUCUGUCACCUGCUCCAAAGGAACCCGGACUCGCCAGCGAGUAUGUGGUAAUCCUGCCCCUAAGUGCGGAGGCAGCUGCCCAGGAGAGGCAAAGGAGUCAGAGGCCUGUGACACCAAGAAGGUUUGCCCCACACAUGGGGCGUGGGCUGCCUGGGGCCCCUGGAGCCCCUGCUCAGGUUCCUGCCAUGGUGGACCCCAAGAGCCUAAGGAGACCCGCAGCCGCAAGUGUUCUGCACCAGAGCCCUCCAAGCAACCUCCCGGGAAGCCAUGUGUUGGAUCAGCCUAUGAACAGCGGGGCUGCACUGCUCUGCCACCCUGCCCAGUGGCUGGAGGCUGGUGCUCAUGGGGUCCUGCGACCCCCUGCCCUGUGACCUGUGGCCUAGGACAGACCCUGGAACAACGGACAUGCAGUUGCCCUGUGCCCCAGCAUGGGGGCCCUGUCUGUGCUGGUGAUGCCACCCGGAUCCACAUUUGCAACACAGCUGUGCCCUGCCCUGUGGACGGGGAGUGGGAAGCCUGGGGGAACUGGGGCACCUGCACGCGAUUACACAUGAAGACCAUUAACUGUGAGGAAAUCCCGGGCCAGCAGUCACGCACGAGGAUCUGCGGGGGGCGCAAGUUUGAUGGACAGCGGUGCCCUGGGAAAUACCAGGAUAUCCGACACUGCUACAACAUCCAGAACUGCGUCUUGAAAGGAUCAUGGUCACAAUGGAGUACCUGGGGUCUGUGCACACCCCCAUGUGGACCCAACCCCACCCGUGUCCGUCAGCGCCUCUGCACAGCCUUGCUCCCCAAGUUCUCGUCCACCGUAACCAUGGUCGAAGGUCAGGGUGAGAAAAAUGUGACCUUCUGGGGGAACCCACGGCCUCUGUGUGAGGAGCUGCAGGGGAAGAAGCUGGUGGUGGAGGAGAAAAGACCAUGCCUGCGUGUACCUGCCUGCAAAGAUCCUGAGGAAAAACCCUAAUACCUCUUGCUUCCCCUCUGACCCCCGACCUUCCAGACCUCAAUAAACCAAGCCUCU